CUGCGCUGGAAGCUUUCGAUUCAUUCUUCAUUAAACCAAUAGAAGAAGUGGCGCGGAGGUGAACGCGGCAGCCAGGAGCUUUUACGGAAGUGUGUGAAAGCAGAGUCACAUGAGCAGGCGGCCGCUUAAGAAACGGUACCCCGACAUGGACCUGGAGUCUCGAAUACGGUGACUGACGUCCACGGGUAGCACGGGAACAGCGGCGUCACGGCGUCUCGGGCCGCGGUGAACAUCUGUGAUGGACGAGAUUAAAGUGUCUCCGGACUACAACUGGUUCAGAAGCACGGUGCCACUGAAGAGAAUUAUUGUUGAUGACGAUGACAGUAAGGUGUGGUCACUGUACGACGCUGGACCAAAGAGUGUCCGCUGUCCCAUCAUCUUCCUCCCUCCAGUCAGCGGCACAGCGGAGGUGUUCUUCCAGCAGGUGCUGGCUCUGACGGGCUGGGGCUACAGAGUCAUCUCGCUGCAGUAUCCCGUCUACUGGGAUCUCAUGGAGUUCUGCGAUGGCUUCAGGAAGCUUCUGGAUCAUCUGCAACUGGAUAAAGUACAUCUGUUUGGAGCAUCUCUGGGAGGAUUCUUGGCUCAGAAGUUUGCUGAGUAUACACACAAGUCUCCCCGAGUGCACUCGCUCAUCCUCUGCAACUCAUUCAGCGACACCUCCAUCUUUAACCAGACAUGGACUGCAAACAGUUUCUGGUUGAUGCCAGCGUUCCUGCUGAAGAAGAUUGUUCUGGGAAACUUUGCAAAAGGACCUGUGGACCCUAAAAUGGCAGAUGCAAUUGAUUUCAUGGUAGACAGGCUGGAGAGUUUGAACCAAAGUGAGUUAGCAUCGCGACUAACGCUCAAUUGUCAGAACUCGUAUGUGGAGCCACACAAGAUAAAGGACGUUGCUGUGACCAUCAUAGAUGUGUUUGAUCAGAGCGCUCUGUCACUGGAAGCCAAAGAGGAGAUGUAUAAGCUGUAUCCUAACGCCAGAAGAGCGCACCUGAAAACGGGAGGAAACUUCCCGUACCUGUGCAGGAGCGCUGAGGUCAACCUCUACAUACAGAUUCAUAUGCGCCAGUUUCACGGGACAAGGUACGCUGCUAUAAACCCUGCCAUGGUGAGCGCUGAGGAGCUGGAGAUGAGCAGUAACCAGGACUCUGAAGACUACCAGUGAGCUGGCAUCCACAGCUCGGGUCUUUCUGAGCAGGUUUCACAGGACGCUGGCAGAUUUUCUGUGGAGUUCAACAGCUAACCAGCACGUAACCUGAGAUUAUUUUUUAUUGAACACAUGAAGCAAUAUUUUGAUUAAAGAAGACCUGGACACAAAUGGGACUUUUGCACUGCGCUUUGCUUAAAAACAUCUAACACUCUGCCUUAUGUGGAAUGAUUCUGUGUCACUUGUACUGCCUGGACUGUGUUCACGCCUGUUUGGGACGGAGGAUAGUUAACACCACCAGCAGUAAACUGGUGUCAUGUUAAUAGCAAGAUGAACAGAAGGAUUCAUGAAAUGUUUGUAUAACUCCUUAAGAUAAAAUGACGUUUUUGUCCAGUGUCUUUGUCACAUGUGCAGCUGUUUGUUUGUUUGUCUCAUGGACGUGAAAAUACACUUUACAUGGUUUCUGUACAAUGUGAGCAGUUGGACUCUUAAGUGACACAAAUGUUGUGGACAACUUCAGGCGUCACUAAUGCGCAAAGCUUUUCUAGCUCAUCCCAAGCCAUGAAAACGUUAUCAUGUGGACUCUGAAAUCACCCGAGGAUGACGCAGUGCAUCUCAGCCUGGGCACAUGCCGAGUCAGGAAUCCAUCCUCAUGCAGGUCUGAACAGUCAUCUGUGGUGCAGUCCAGCAGCAUCUGGUGUGGAGCAACCUGAGGCCUGCCCUCUGCCUAACAGUGCCUUAUAGCAUUUUUAUAAACCAGACAUACUUCUACACUGAAAUCUGUGCAAACACUCAUGGUGCUGUAAGUAGACCUGCAGGGAAAAGCACAUUUAGUUGGUUUUUAUCAGAUCUGACAGGUGGCUGACCAGUUUCAUGUCCCACUGGUCAGGGUUGAAGUUUAUCCUGCCCCCCACCUCUACUUCGAUCUGUUUUUCAAAGUAACUGCCUGAAAAAUGUCAUGAAGCGACGUGGCGGGAUUUGCUUCUAAAAGGCCUGCGACACAGUAAGUGCUGGAGUAGUGGUGCUACAGUCACUGUAGCAGGAGACGCAUCCCUGGAGACGAUUACACUUUGAAAUAAGCACGUUUCAGUGACAUUGGCAACUACAGCCACU